AUGGGGCUCCCCCAGACACAGCCCCACCCGUGGCUGCUGAUCCUGGUGCUGAGCUGGCUGAGGGCCAUUAGGAGCCUGGAGUUGAUCCCCUACACGCCGCAGAUAACGGCCUGGGACCUGGAAGGCAAGGUCACGACCACCACGUUCUCCUUGGAGCAGCCGCGCUGCGUCUUUGAUAGGCAUGCCCGUGCUACUGACACUGUCUGGCUGGUGGUGGCCUUCAGCAACGGUGUGUGUGUGAAGUUUCUCCUGAUGGACGCCGAGGGCUCCCCCAGGGCUGAGACCAGGUGGUCAGAUCCCAUCACUCUCCACCAAGGGAGGGCCCCAGGCUCCAUCGACACAUGGCCAGCGCGGCGAAGUGGGGUCAUGAUUGUCAUCACCACCAUCCUUUCUUCUCUGGCUGGCCUCCUGCUCCUGGCCUUCCUGGCUGCCUCUACCGUGCGCUUCUUCAGCCUCUGGUUGCCUGAGGAGGCCCCGUCCCCUGAGCAGCUGCGGAUUGGCUCCUUCAAGGGGAAGCGCUACAUGACCCACCACAUCCCACCCAGCGAGACCACCACGCUGCCCGUCGGCUUCGAGCCUGGCCUGGACCCUCUCCCCAGCCUCAGCCCCUAG